AUGGAUCGAACGCACAGCGAUCGGCAAGACGGCGGCGACGGCCUCCCACCUAGACGAACAGAAGACAACGCUACUGUCGACGAUGGCGAAGAGCAAUCUGAUUUCGCACCUCGACAGGGAGGAGAACGUGGUCGGGGAGGCGGCCUCGGUCGCGCUGGUCGAAUGAACACAAUCUCAGAAGAACCACCUUUGACUAGCCAUGACCAAGGACAAGACACGACCAACAUCGCAGAAACAACGCCAUCCCGCCUCGAGCGCAGAGCUGCCGAAAUCCGCGAUUUCAACCGCCGACGCAGGGCGCAUGGUCAGACAAACUCGGACACCUCUGGAAACACGCCUUACACGCAGGGGGUUGGCCGUCCGUUGGAGAGCCCUGAAAGUUCCCUUGACGCUAGCAUGAAUCGCGCUCGUUCUAAUGCGAUAUGCCCUGGUUUUACGUCGAGACCGGAAGACGGGGAGAGGCACAGAGCGAACUUGGAGAGAAGGGCAUGGAUUGCCGCGGGUAGAAACUCUAGGCCGAUGGAAGAGAGGGAGAUGAACAGGUUCAACAGGCACCAGACAACUUAUCAAUUCCGGGCUCAUAAGGGAUUUCCUCCCAACGGCACGGGGACGCGGGGGUUGUAUGCUGGACAAUACCCCAUCCCAUAUGUGAAUUCAGCUACUGGAGGAGCGGUUGCGGGAACGGGCGGUUACACACCUUUUGGCAGCGACAACUUCCAAAGUAGCGUUCCAGACCAGUCGUCUCCUCGCGACGAUGGUAGAAGCGCCGCUGUCUACGACCCUGGCAGCUUUGAGGAUACGGAUCAAUUCUACGUCGAGCCGGCUCCUAAGCCUGAGGACGCCAAUCUUAAGGCUGUGGGGUCUCAGCUGGAGGGUAAACUUGGGGGUAACUCCAAUCCUCCCAAGCUCAAGGAUGAACCGGAUGAUAAGCAGAGUGGAGGAAGAGGGCCAGGCGCGCCUGGACAGGCUACUUGA